UUCAAAGAAGUAAUUUGUGGUGCAAUUAAACUUGUCUUGUUGUUUACAAUAACAAGGACCAUACCAGAUAUUUUGAAAGCCCUUCACUAUUAUCUAAAUUGUUAAAUACUAUAGUCAAUAAUUUACAUAAUUAUGUAAAAUAAACAAACUUUAAAAGGCAGCAACUAGUUGUAAAAAAAUAUUUUUAGAAAUCGACUAAUUUCUAAACCAGCAAUGAAAGAAUAAAUUUAUGUUAGUCUAUUAAAAUUAUCGUGAUGUUGUUUCACAGCAUUAAUGUGUUGUGUUUGGAUUUUGUCUGUGUGUGAGACAGUGCAUUUUAACAUCAUUUCGUUUUAUUUCGUCAGUGAACAAAGUCCAAUAUCUGAAAUUACUCAUCAACUACUAUUUAAAUAACUAAGCAAAUCACAUCACAUAUAUCAGUAGUGACAAUAUAGUUUCUUGUUAAAUUCAAAAGUUAAGAUUUUAAUAGUUUUUUUUGAGGACGUAAACCGGGUCUCGGAAAUGGCGACAGAAGUAAGCUCAGCUCCCACAACAUUGCCACAGCUCCAAUCUGUGCAGAAGGCAAUGGCUAUCCCUACCGUUGAAGCUGCUGUUGGGCAGGUCGGAGCAAUUUAUUCAAAAGUCAAAGGUGCCCACUCACUUCUCGAAUGGGCUCUAUCGACCGCUGAAGCUGGAGUAGUUCUUGCUGCAACCACUGCCGCGCCGUAUGUGUCAGCUCCUCUCGCUGUCGGCGACGCCAAGGUUGCUGCAGCCAUUGAUCAUCUCGAACGCAGAGUGCCACUUGUCACGGAACAACCUAAAGUCAUAGUGGAGACUACCAAACAAGCUGUGCUAUCGAAAAUAUCCCCUCACGUGAACAAGCAGGUGUACGGAGCCCGCGCGGUCGCCGAGCAACGGGUCAAGUCUUUGAAGGAGCUCUCGUGGGCCAAAGCGAACGCGCUGCUCUCCACCGCCUACGGGCAGAAGGCGAUGCACGGGGUGGACUACGGAGCUACCUAUGCUAUGCAGCUUUUGGACCACUAUCUACCGCCGGUUGGGGCUCAGGAGGAACCAGGAUCCGAGAUAACGCCAGCCAACAACGACCCCGCUCUCCACACUGUUCAGACCGUGGGAAGGCUCAGCUCGGUGGCGGCGCGCCGGGUCUGGGCCAACCUCGCCUACAAGAUCAACGAACUCAGAAACUCGGGUAUAGAGCUGGACGUGCGUCGAUACGUAACCGCGUUACUGGCGGCCCUGCAUCUCGCCAACGUCACCAGCCUCCAGCAGCAGCAGCAGGCCGACCGGGAGGAAAGAGGGGCGCAGAGGAAGGCGGAACCCUCCCGCCCCUCCCCCGAGCACAACAGCCCCCAGCACUCGGCGUCGACCACCUCCAACGAGGUCAAAACGACCCCGGAGUCGAAAUCCGUGGAUCCUUCUAAUUAAUAAUCUAACACAUAUCGUCUUCUCGCAUUAAAACUGUACAAUCUCAAAACUUAAUAAUUUUACAGGAGAGUGUUUUAAAGGUUUAAAACAUGUGAUAUUUUUAAUAUUAAUCAUCUUUGCAACAUUUAUUUUUUAUUUUGUACCGGUUACAUUUUCUGUCUUUUAAAGUAAGAUAAAAUUAUGUAUUAAUUUUGUUAUUAGUAGUCAAAACAUUGGUAAACUAAAAAAAACUAAAAACUAAAACUGAACUACGCUCUUUUUUGACAAUAUUUAUUAGAAAAAUACUGAUGAUACCAAAAAUUUCGAAUAUUUUUGGAAAUUUUACAAUUUUAAUGCGAAAAGACGGAUAUGUUUUGUAUUAAGUGUCUCGCCACAAUGAAGGUAUACCUAGUUGUACCAGCAUUGUUUUGGCUCUAGCUUGUAAGUUUCUUAUCAAAAGACUGUCUUAUUGAGUCUUAUAAAUAAUGUCUUUUUUUUUUAAAUUUAAUAUAUGGCUUUUACUAUACGAUAUUAUAAUGGAUAUUUUUGUACGAAUUUUCUAAUUCAAGUAUAUUAAAAAUUUCUUACAAAUGAAA